AUGUUUAAACCUUCAACUGAAAGGCUUGUCCUAAUAUUUAUUCCUAGUCUCUUAACUUGGGUCAUCACUUUCACCGUGUUUUCGACAUAUUAUUCGGGUCCUGAGAAACUAGUCGAUAUUGCUGGUACCAGAAACCAAAUGACUUUCGCUAAAAAUUUAGCAGUUGGUUCAAACUACGAUGGUUUCGAAGAUAUCGGGCUUUUGAAGCGUUGUGAUCUUCCAACUAAUUUUGAUCCCACUCCAAAAUCCUGGGAAACAACCAGUAGUGAUGAACCAUCUUCUAUAUCUUCAUCUCAAUACCGUUACCACUCGUUUUUGCCAAUAUCUUCUUCUACAAAUGACGCUACUUUUGACAGCAAUAGUGCGCAAGCUACCGAUGUGACUGUUAGCACCAACGGGAAAUAUCAAGGUCAUGCUUCGGUAAGUCUGACUGAGACGUCAAUAUCCGAGGCUAUUUCCAGUACCAAAUCGAUUCCUACUGGUGAUUCCGCCUCAGUGUUAUCCAGUUCGGAAGCCAAAUUAUCCAGCUCACUUUCUGCUUUAAGUUUUUCUAUCGAAGCUGGUGCUGCUCCUACCUUAUCCACAUCCGUAUCAAGUGCUACUUCUAAAGCAGCUGCUGAUUACACCGUCUCUGCCAAGCUAAAUUUCUCCACCGCUCCAUUGUACUUGAUAUCUGUUGAGAUCGGUACCCCUGCACAACAAGUUCUCUUGGAAUUGGAUACCGGGUCUUCUGAUAUUUGGGUGGCUUCUGCAGUUGAUCCGGGAACCAUUGAUUGUUCCACUUAUGGAUGUUACAAUUCAUCGGACAGCCAGAGUUACACCGCCUCUGGAGAAACAUUCGAGAUGAUUUACGGAGGAUCCUACAUUGUUGAAGGCAAAUAUGUUUUUGAUGAUAUAACUGUCAAUGGGGCAGCGAUCGAUGGAAUGAAAUUUGCCAUAGUGGAUGGUGCGUCGGCAUCUGACGCUGGGAUUUUUGGUGUUGGGCCUAAGGCCGGUGAAGGAAGCACCAUUGCAUCGACCACUAACACUACUGACACCAAUGUUACCGGGAUAUUGUCGGAAUUGAAAAGCUUAUUGGGGAGUUUUUGGGACGAGCUCAUUCUGGUUUUUGCAAUUUUCAACACCUAUGAUAACUUGUUAUACUCGUUAAAACAACAGGGUUAUAUUGCUGAUUUGAAAUAUCUGGUGUAUCGUACUUCUGUUGGCACGUUGCCAAGUGCUUACACAGCCCCAGCCAAUUCCAGCUCAUACAAUUCCACUUCAAAUGGUACUGAGAGUCUGGUUAAUUACAGCAUGUUAGGACAAGGUGUGGUUCUUUUUGGUGGUUCUGAUUCAUCGAAGUAUCAAGGUGCGUUGCAAACUUUCUCUAUUGUUCCUUCCCCAACAAUGGAGACUUAUCUUUCUUACGUACAGCCUUUGAUUGAUUAUUUUGGAGACGAAUUGAAGCCAUAUUACUUGACCAAUAACUUGAUAAAUUUGUAUGAUAUUGAUAUCUUGGGGGUCAAUUUGUUGACUGUUAGUGGGGUGACGACCGCUGGUUCCGGGAUUCCUGCGUUGAUUGACACCGGGACCCUUAUUAGUGGGAUUCCCUCAGCGGCAAUGGGGAUAAUUGUUAAUGCCACCAGUGCCACCUACGAUGAAGAUACGGGGGCUUAUUAUGUUCCAUGCGACGGGUCUUCUUUCCCAGCUGAAGGAUUGACUUACAGUUUGAGUUUUAAUAGCGAUAGCAGUUUGGGAGUUGAAGUUGGUUUGCAAGAUACCUUGAUCGCCCCAUUGGAGAUUGUUGACGAAGAGAUUGUAGUUGAUGGGGUUCAGCAGUGUUAUUUACCAUUUGAGACUGGUGAGGAUGAGAUAGUGACCUUGGGAGUGUCGGUGAUGAGAUAUUUCUACAUGGAGUUUGAUUAUGAUAAUUGGGAGAUCAGUUUGGCGUUGGGAAAUAACUAG